UCGCACUUCACUUCUCGGUCACUUGUUCAGUCUCACUUUCUACCAUGGUGUACGGUUUUCUGUUCCUUGAAAGGGUUUCUAUCUUCUAGUAAAAUACUCUUUUCAUAUACUCACUGUGGAACCAUACUGCUGUUUCAUCUUCCCUUUGUAGGACUUCCUACAUUGACUCUUUUCCAAGCUUGAUAAGACACUUCGACAGAUAUAAGAGUCUGGCAAGCGCCCAUAAGCCACCGAUUUACACCAAUAUCUCUCCGAUUCACUUGGUAGAGAAAAUAUUCGGGUUAAUUAUAAUAUUUUCCGCAGGCACGCACACCUACAAGCACACACAGGGGAAAAAAACAUCCAGUUCUCCAUUCUCAGAAGUCCGAAUUCUCAUACUCAAGCAUCCUGGCAUCACGGUCAAAAGUGUAUCUCGCCAACUCAACAUUGUCAAGAUGAGUGGACCGCAUACUGCCUUCUUCUACGGUAAGGUCCCAUACCUCUCGGUGUGUCGAAGGCUAACGUUCGAGGAUAGGCACCUUGGUCAGUAAAUCGUGUUAUCGAAAAGUCACUCAACUGUAAGGGUAUACUAACACAUUACCCCUAGAUGGAGCCCAAGGUCUUCUUCACUGUAGUCCAAGGCAACGGCAACCCGCCCCAGGUCAUUAAGGAUCUCUAUACCUUCACGCCCGCCGUCCUGACGGGCUACACACGCCACCGCGUCCAGUAUGCUGACUACCCCGGCAUGAUCCCCGAGGACGAUGGCUCGGUGAUCGGCAUCUACGCGACGGGCCUCACGGAUGCCAACGUCUCCAAGCUCGACUUCUUCGAAGGUUCUGAGUACGAGAAGAAGAUCGUCAAGGUCAAGCUUCGGAGCGGCGAGGACGGUGGCGAGGAGGAGGAGAGGGAGGCCACGGCGUACAUCUACAAACACCCGAAGAAUCUGGAGCGCCGGGAGUGGUCGUUUGACGAGUUCCGCAGGGACAAGAUGCACGUCUGGACGCGUGAGAGCUACGUCUUCGAGGGCUGCGAUGAUUUUGCAGAGUUCGAGAAGACCGAAUACGAGGACAAGGACGGCUCUGCUGAACAAGUCAAACAAGUCGGCGCAUAAACCGCGAAUGCCAUGGCAACAAUGGCUCUUGCUUUCCCUUUCUCUUGCAUGGCGGCAAACGGCAUCACUUGAUGGGUUCCAACAUCAGGCGGCGCUGACGCAGGCCUGCGACUGGGCCGCUUCGAGGCGGUGUAAGGCGGACAAGUCAGCAGCGGCUCAUGGCAUUAGAGAAAGAAAAGAAAACCGUCGCUGCCGCCCACAAAACAGCGAGACACAGGAAUUAUGAUGCCCAUGGGUUGAUGAAACAAGGAGAUGUUGACAGCAUAAUAGAUGACGAGUGUUUACCAGUCAAACUCCGAUAAGUGCCGCCAGCCUUGGCGCAGAGGACUGCAGUGCGCGCGCAUGCUCCUGUGAUAUGAUGACCUGAGUUCAGUGAUCUGAUACCGCUGCCCAACCGAAUCUAGGCGGCUAUGCGACCAUUCAAAGGCAAGUUCAUGAAUAUGCGAAGCAGCCCUCAUGAUAUUGGCGGGAAUCAAGGUCGGACGACGAACACUCUCGCUAGUAAGACAAGCGGUCGUAAUGGUGUUCACGCUUAUACAAGCCUGUUUGAAUAUGCCUUGCAAGCUAGAUCUCGUUGAGCGGCUGAAAUCAUGCGACGAGCCACGGCACUUACAGAUGGAUUAGUUCCGGAAAA